AGGUCCUGGUGAGGAAAGCUGGAGACUACGGGGCUGGACGCAGCUACCGACGUCAGAGAGACAGAGUUCAGCCUCCGUGUGGCUGGCACAUCCAAGCCAGACGGCGGCGCUUUUCACUCCUGGUUUUUCGCUACCUUGUAAGGAAGUGGGCGCGGGCUGCGCGGAGUCGGCGCCUCCUGAUUGGCCGGCCGUCUGGGUGAUGGACAGGGACCCGGGCUCCGCCCCCGCCGCUUUAUUGACACUAAUGAGCAAGUUCUUCCCACCGCUCUCCUGCCUGGAAGUGCUGACAGAUCAAGGCAACAAAUUUCAAUUACAAUCCCUAAUUUGUGUCCACAGAGUGUUUUUUACCCAUGUUAGUCCUCUCUGGCGCAUCAGUUGAGGCAGACCUCGGAGCAGCAGGAAGAGGUGGAAGGGGUGGGAGCAAAGGAGUGCAUCAGUGAGAGAGCGCGCGAGAGAGACCCAGGAAAGGAGACUUGGCCGGCGCGUCGCCGGUUCCUCGGAUCCCAACACAAGCGAGAAAGCGGAAACGCCAAAUCUGUUUUUUGCCCGCGGUGGGGAAGGGGGCAGAUCUCGGGAGGCCCCGAGAGCCUUUUAGUUUUUGGUUGGGGAAGAGCGAGAGCGCGCGUGUGCCCGCGUGAGUGUAUAUGAGAGAGGGGCGGGCGGGCGCGGGGCGGGGGGGAUGGCCGAGAAGCGAAGGGGCUCGCCGUGCAGCAUGCUAAGCCUCAAGGCGCACGCUUUCUCGGUGGAGGCGCUGAUCGGCGCCGAGAAGCAGCAACAGCUUCAGAAGAAGCGGCGAAAACUGGGCGCCGAAGAGGCGGCGGGGGCCGUGGACGACGGAGGCUGCAGCCGCGGCGGCGGCGCGGUCGAAAAGGGUUCUUCUGAGGGAGACGAAGGCGCUGCGCUCCCGCCGCCGGCUGGGGCGACGUCUGGGCCGGCUCGGAGUGGCGCAGACCUGGAGCGCGGAGCCGCGGGCGGCUGUGAGGACGGCUUCCAGCAGGGAGCUUCCCCUCUGGCGUCACCGGGAGGCUCCCCGAAGGGGUCCCUGGCGCCCUCCCUGGCCCGGCCCGGGACCCCUCUGCCCUCGCCGCAGGCCCCGCGGGUGGAUCUGCAGGGAGCCGAGCUCUGGAAGCGCUUUCAUGAGAUAGGCACUGAGAUGAUCAUCACCAAGGCUGGCAGGCGCAUGUUUCCAGCAAUGAGAGUGAAGAUCUCUGGAUUAGAUCCUCACCAGCAAUAUUACAUUGCCAUGGAUAUUGUACCAGUGGACAACAAAAGAUACAGGUAUGUUUACCACAGUUCGAAAUGGAUGGUGGCAGGUAAUGCUGACUCGCCUGUGCCACCCCGUGUGUACAUUCAUCCAGACUCGCCUGCCUCGGGGGAGACUUGGAUGAGACAAGUGAUCAGCUUCGACAAGCUGAAGCUCACCAACAAUGAACUGGAUGACCAAGGCCACAUUAUUCUUCAUUCUAUGCACAAAUACCAACCACGAGUGCACGUCAUCCGUAAAGACUGUGGAGACGAUCUUUCUCCCAUCAAGCCUGUUCCAUCCGGGGAGGGAGUAAAGGCAUUCUCCUUUCCAGAAACUGUCUUCACAACCGUCACUGCCUAUCAGAAUCAGCAGAUUACUCGCCUGAAGAUAGAUAGGAAUCCAUUUGCUAAAGGCUUCCGAGACUCUGGGCGCAACAGAAUGGGUUUGGAAGCCUUGGUGGAAUCAUAUGCAUUCUGGCGACCAUCACUACGGACUCUGACCUUUGAAGAUAUCCCUGGAAUUCCCAAGCAAGGCAAUGCAAGUUCCUCCACCUUGCUCCAAGGUACUGGGAAUGGUGUUCCUGCCACUCACCCUCACCUUUUGUCUGGCUCCUCUUGCUCCUCUCCUGCCUUCCAUCUGGGGCCCAACACCAGCCAGCUGUGUAGUCUGGCCCCUGCUGACUAUUCUGCCUGUACCCGCUCAGGCCUCACCCUCAACCGAUACAGCACAUCUUUGGCAGAGACCUACAACAGGCUCACCAACCAGGCUGGUGAGACCUUCACCCCGCCCAGGACUCCCUCCUAUGUGGGCGUGAGCAGCAGCACCUCCGUGAACAUGUCCAUGGGUGGCACUGACGGGGACACCUUCAGCUGCCCACAGACCAGCUUAUCCAUGCAGAUUUCGGGAAUGUCCCCCCAGCUCCAGUAUAUCAUGCCAUCACCCUCCAGCAAUGCCUUCGCCACUAACCAGACCCAUCAGGGUUCCUAUAAUACUUUUAGAUUACACAGCCCCUGUGCACUAUAUGGAUAUAACUUCUCCACAUCCCCCAAACUGGCUGCCAGUCCUGAGAAAAUUGUUUCUUCCCAAGGAAGUUUCUUGGGGUCCUCACCGAGUGGGACCAUGACGGAUCGGCAGAUGUUGCCCCCUGUGGAAGGAGUGCACCUGCUUAGCAGUGGGGGUCAGCAGAGUUUCUUUGACUCUAGGACUCUAGGAAGCUUAACUCUGUCAUCAUCUCAAGUAUCUGCACAUAUGGUCUGAUGAAGCCUUUAAAUUAAAUGACAUUUGGAUCUGUCUAACAUAUUUUCUUUUUCUUUUUUAAAAGCUAUGUGGAAAGAAACUCUCUGUGGUUUAUAAAAUGUACAUAUAAUAGAAAAUGAAGGUUCACUGGGUUUUUUGACUUUAUCAUGGUGAGAUUGUAAUUAUCUAUGGUAUAUAUGUAUGCUGUAUAUACAUAGCACAUGGAGUAUCACAGCCCCUAUUGUUCCCCUGUUUCAUCCAGUUGCACAGAGUAUUGGCAUGCGUGUAGUAUGUUUAAGCAAAGUUCUCAGACUCUUUUAAAAACAAGACGGUAAACUUAAAACUUGGCAAUGAUACUAUCCAGAAGAACACUUAUAACUUAAUUUAUCAGAAAAAUGCUGUAAACGGUUUCAUACUUGAUGUGUUGAUAACCAGCAGUAACCAGCAUGUAGAGUCUUGUGAUUUCUGUUAUUCUUGGACACAGUGUGAGAAUCUAAAAUACAAAAGCCAGUUGAAGUCUUAGUGUUAGUCCUGAGGUAUUUGUAAUCAUGAAGGAUCAGCCUUUUCAUUCCUGCUUAUUAUUUACCACACAUACCAUAUGACCUUGGGUCUAUAAAAAAAUCAUAACCCAUAAUAAUUGUUAUUUUCUUAAGGAAGGUAAAGGAGAGGCUUGUGAUUUUUUUUUUACACUUUCCAUUGGGCACAUAAGAGGUUCUUAUUCAUCUGUAGAGAACAAAUUUCCAGUAUUUUUGAUUUUUUGCUUAUUUUGUAUAUCAAAUAGACCAUUAAAGAAUGUUCUAUAAACAUUUUUAAAUUCCAAUUUUCACCAGGGGAGGAAUAUGUGAUAUGAGUGGAAUGGCAAAAGGAAAAUAAAUCCACCUCAAAUUCAUUGAUUCCAAUGAGAAAUAUCUAUCUUUUAAAUCAAGAGUAAUACUAUUGUUAACUAUACCUUAUGUUUUUGUAUAGUUUGUUUUUAAAUUUAGAAUAUUUUUUCCAUCUUGCUCUGAGCUUCCUGACCCAUAGUAUAUAAGUAAAAAAAUGCGUUUAUGCUACUUAUUUAUAUCUUGUAAUUCCUACACAUUGAACCCUUUUCCCCUUCUUAACCUUGUCCGUCUGCCUGAGUCUUUCCCAAAACAGAUAGUUCCUAGGCCUGUAUGGUGUUAAAUAACGCGGUGAGGAAUUUCGGUAGGUUAUCUCCAGCAAUCUGUCUUUUGGGAGCUAUAGUGCAAAGGCCAAAGUCCAUUACUAUAAAGACCCUCUUGGAGGACUAAGAAGGAAGAUACUAAUUAUGAUAAAGGAACUAUAAAACUUUUAACCUCAACAGAAUUUGUAACGUCAGAACUGGAGAAAUUAAAAUCAGUAUUAAAUUUUUUAAUUCCUAAAAUAAUAUAUGCAUGGUUGAAGAGUUAAAAACAAGUAACUUUGAGAGCACAGUAUGAGAUAAAUAAAAAAGGCUAAGAAUACAUGAUGAGGCACAUUCCCCUUCUGAGGAGAAAGUGAAAUAACAUGUCUGUGCAUUGACCCAUUCAUUACAUUUCAUGUAUCUUAAGCAAAAGAGCAUGAUUUUCUCUCAUUGCUAAAAAGAGUUGCUUUAACUCAUCCCUGGAUUUGGUGGGGAAAGGGUACAACUCCUGAUUUGCUGUUUCACUUUGAAACAACACAAUUUGUUAGAUACUUAGGGAGAUAUACUGUUGAAUUUGCACAGGAUGUGACUCUGUUUAUUCAUAUUAACAAAUUUCCUUUUGGAUUCCUUAGCAGUUCAUCAAAUUAGUAUUAAAUUUUUAAAUUUAAAACUAGCAUGAAGGGACAUGAAAUAUUUGCAGUAGGUGGAUCUAUGUAAGAUGUUUGGGUAUAGCAUUAAUAGCUUGACAAAGAUUUGGGGAAAGGUGUUAAGAAUGAGUCCAUCUCAGCCAAUAGUGCUUGGUGUAUAAUUCAAGAACAGAGAGUUUUCCAUCUUGAAAAAACAUGGAAAGUAAUGCUCUAUACCCAUAUGUAUUAAUAAGAGCAUUUUCCUUCUUGCUGUUGAUAAUUUCAGAUUAUACCACAAUAUGAGUAUAAUUUUUUAUUAAUCUUUUUUCUGGUAAAAUUUUAGCAAUAUUGUACAAAUGCUUUUUUUAGGUUUUACUGUAAAUAUUAAUCACCAUGUCACUUCAGAGACUAGCCUUUUAUUGCUGAAUUAAAUGACAUGCAUACAUUGAUAAUUAUAUAUCUGUAUUUUAUUAAAAAGUACUUAAAAUUAUAUUAAAAUGUGUUAUUAAACCCU